UCAGUAGAGGCUGCUUAAUGUUAUAGCCUGGUAAAAUGGCGCCUCUCCUGGUUUCCAUGUGGUACAAUAACUGCGGAAUAGCUGCUUUAGUGCAACUAAAGUUUUAAUAGUGAUACAGGCAACGUACUGCAGCAAGCAGUCAGUCAGCUGGAAGAGACAUUGGCUGAAGACGUACAUUACAGCGGCGUUUGAGAAGCACAACACAGCGGGAAAAGUAGCCCAGGGCUUUCAGUGCAACAAUUGCAUUAGUACGUGUGUCAUUCGGAUUGUUGUAGUAAUUAUUCACUGCAUGUUGUGGGUUACUCAGAGUUAGUUCUCUCUUGUGCCCCCAUGGAGCAGACGGGGGCUGUGACACCGGCUCUGCUGACCGGGCUAAUGCCCCUCAGUGAGGAGGAACAGAGAAGAUAUGCAGACUUCUUCUCCUGGUGCCAGGUGACUACUGAAGGAGGCUCCGUAGGCAAAGUAGCAGCUAUUAGUAAAGUUGGGGACUUGUUUAAGGCUUCUCAACUGCCCUCCGACACACUUCACCAGAUCAUGGAAUUGUGUGGUGCGAAACGCCUGGGUUACUUUGGUCCUGCACAGUUUAUUGUUGCUCUAAAGCUAAUUGCUGCUGCACAAUCAGGCCUUCCAGUACGACUCGAAAGCAUUAAAAGUGAAUUGUCUCUACCUCAUUUUGUGGGAGUGAACAUUGAUAGUGAGAUGAAACAUAGAAAUACAUUCCAAAGUUCAGAAGGUCACAGACAUCAGUUUCAUAUACCUCGGACAGUUCUGGAAAAAAGCACUUUAAAGCAUUCAGCAGACAGUUCUGAAAAAUGGGAAACUCUAUCACCACCUCUGUCACCCAACUCUCCUCCAACUUCUCCAUCUGGUUACCAAAGUGCCCCACCUAAUUAUGGACAUGGGAAAGCAAGAAAUGCAAAUGAUCUCCAGCACACAGCUCUUCUUGAAGGUAGACCUGUUGGAACAGCAGCUAUACUGCAAGAAAGUAGCACCUCAGUGAACUAUGGAGUUAGACCUUCUGUAGCACAGACUUCUGUUAAUCAGCCACAGCCAGCAGAAAGAGAAUCCGUGAGUGAUGAGUCUGAAUACUCCACUGACCCCUGGAGGAUAACAGAAGAACAACGAGAAUAUUACACAGUCCAGUUCAAAACUUUACAGCCUGACCUCAGUUCCCUCAUCUCAGGUUCUGUCGCCAAGAAUUUCUUCACAAAGUCAAAGCUUCCUAUACCUGAACUUUCUCAUAUAUGGGAGCUCAGUGACGUGGACUGUGAUGGAGCUCUAACGCUGCCCGAGUUCUGUGCAGCCUUUCACCUCAUCGUAGCUAGAAAGAAUGGCUAUCCUUUACCAGAUGUGCUGCCAAAGACCCUUAUUCCAGAGUCUUUCACAAUGGGAAUCCCAAAAGCAGUGCAGGAUGGUACACUCCUUGGCUCUUAUCCUGACUCAUUGCCGGUGAACCAACAACCUAAAGACCUGAACUGUAAUGAACCUGAAUCUAUCAAUCAAGAAUCAGCCAGGUCAGAGCCUUUGAUAGUUUUUGAUGAAGAACCACCAGCUACUCCUCAGUCAACAUCAAGACGAACUUCAUUGGAGGUUAAGCCUGAUGCAGAUUUCCAGAAACCAGAUUUAACUCAUGAUAGCAAGGUUCAAGAUUUAAGCAGAAAGAUCAGCAGUUCUUUACACAUAGAACAGAGUGAUCCUCGAUCAUUGCAAGAGUCUUCUGCUAAAACAGUUGUUGCACUGGAAGUAGAUCAUCAACUAAAAGCAAGACUAAGGCCCAGGUCCUACUCCAGUACUUCUAUAGAUGAUGCAAUGAAAAAGGUGGAAGAACCACCCACUCCCCCUCCAAGACCCCAAAAAACACAUUCCAGAGCAUCGUCCCUUGAUCUGAACAAACUGCUUCAACAAAACUCCCAAGCUGGCAAAUCUCCAUGGCUACCACCGCCACCACCACCACCUCCUGCACUCCCUCCCAGGCCUCCUACAUCACAGCAGACUCCUCUUCAUGGUGCCAGCACUGAGCCCACUGUGUAUCACAAACAUGCAGUUCAACAGCCCAAAUUUGCAGACUUCAGCAAGUUUGAUGAACAGAGUGGACAAAUGUCAAAGCCAGAAAUACAUUCCUUACAGAACAAGGUCAUCCAUAAAGAGGAAAACAGCCCAGUGACAAAAACUGGACAAAUAACAAAGCCUGAAACAUAUUCCACAACAAACAAGGUCAUCUUUAAAGAAGAAGCCAGCACAGUGACAAAAGAUACUGCACCCUCCCAUCUGCAUUCUAAGCCCGCACGUCGGAAGUUUCGUCCCGAGUGUCAGAUUAUUGAAAACCAGGAGCCAGCUCUCACGAAAAGUGCACCUUCUUCACAACCAGGCACCAAAUCCCAUUCAGCUAUUCAUAGACAGUCCUCGAAAGCAAAGAAGGCUAUUCAGACAGCCAUCCGCAAAAACAAAGAGGCAAAUGCUGUGUUGGCGAGACUGAACAGUGAACUUCAGCAACAGUUUAAGGAAGUCCACCAGGAUCGCAUUGCCCUGGAGUCACAGUUGGAGCAGCUGCGUCCCCUUGUAAUCUCAUGAAGAGCUAUACUCUGCCCUUCUGUUUGUGUGCCAAGGUUACUCAUGAACUAUGUGGACAGGAAGAAGGAAUCUGUGUACACAUCUUACAUGCUGUUAAACGAAGCAACAAAAUGGCAUGAUAUCUGUUAUUGGACAGCUGUGGUAAUGCUGUCCAUGUCUGUAUUGCAGCGGGCAGAUCUACAUUAUCUUUUUUUCCUGUUUAAUAAACAUUGCUUCCAGUGCAGACUCUGGACAUUGUUUGUUCAGCUGUUUUGUAAGGGUGUCUUGUUUGAUGGGCUAAGUACUGAUUGAUAUUCAGGUCAUGUUUUUCUUGAUUGAGUCAGACUUGAGUGGAUUGUACACCACCACCACCACCACCACCACCGACACUACCUUUUCCUGUUGCGGCAUGCACUGCAUUCGUCUUAAGUGGCAGUGUCACCUUUAGAGACAUUUAAUCUUCAUUAUCUCCUCUUAUAGCACAUCACUGAAGUCAUCACAUCCCCUUUCCUUUGCCAGGUAUUCAAAUUCUCAUAUAUUGGAGUUUAGCAGUCACACCACUAGCAUUGCCCUUUAGAACACCUUGAUAAUGCAUUAUUAAGACUGCUACCUGCUUUUUGUAAUUAUGGGAAAUGCACAUUUCUUAAGACUAUAAACUGCCAUUAACAGGCUAAAAUAAAUUAACUCUGUAAGUUUUAGUACCAUGGCAGGUAUUCAGAAAUGAAAUGUUGUGAAAUAUGCAUUUCAAAUACAUUUGUUUACACUUGAGUGCAAAAACAUGUAUUUUAGAUGUGCAGCUAGCUAUUUUAGACACAUUCCAUGAAAGUAGGUAAAUAUACAAAAGCACUGACUCAUUGUAAUUAGUGCUUUGCAUAAGCUGUACACAUUUGUGAAUAUUCUUCAUGUCUUUAUGUUUGAAGUGUAGUGCCAGGUGAACUGAUUUCUGAGUACAAACUGUACAGUUCCCCGUAACAAACUCAAUUUUCUUCUAAAAAUCAAGAAGGUGCUGCCCAGCAUUAUAAUCAAAACAUAUAAAGCAAGUUUUCCUUUUAUGUUGUAUUGUUCAGUGCAGUCAAGUUUUGUAUCUGUUUUAUAGGAAAGUACGUUUGUUCUUUAAUGGCUUUAAAAAGUCUUUUGAAAUAUUGUUUACUAUGAGAUUUGUGCAGCAAUGAAAUAGUUCUGUGAUUGUAAACAUACUCUUUCGUGUUAUUUUUAAACUGAAAUACUAUGCAACAGGGAAGCACUUUGGUUCCUGAAAUAUGAAUGAAGAAAAUCAUAUUUUUAUAUACUGUAUAUAUUGUAUACUGUACUGUAUACAUGCACAGCAUCAUAGUGAUGUUUACAGCUUCAUUAUAGAAGAAGGAAUGACAUGUUUGUUUCUUCAGUGUCUGAUAAUUUGUGUGUGCGACUACUUGGUCAAUACUGUUUGUGUGCGUGUGCAUGCAUAUAUCUAUUUGUAGCUCUAUAGAUGUACGCAUGUACAGGCACACAUAUGUUGAAACAGAAUGCUAUAUCUGUGAAUUCUUGUUUUUGCCUGCAAAGGAAUGUUUUGGGAAAAUGUAGCCCAUCUUUGUAAUAAAGUACGAACUGCUGGUAUAUGUUACUAGAAAAGUGUGCUUUCUUUGCAAACAAAAGUGUAUAGUGUACUUGUCAAGUAUAUUUAAUAAAGAGUGACCAGUUAAAAAGAACCAAAGUGAAGAGAUCACUUAUGAAUGUUGCUGCUAGGAUCUAAAAUAGACAAACCGAUAUGGAAAGGAUGCAGCAGUGCAUACAAAUGUAAUAAUCUGCUAUGCCUACAUUUGCUGACAGUAUAGUUACUUAGUAAAUGCAGUAGUGAAGCAUAGCUUCUUGGGUAAAGAACUAUGUAUUGUCCAUAUUGUACAAAUUACAUCAGUUAUAAAAUGCUGACACUAUUGAUUGACUGUUAAAAUAAAAUUUUACAUCAGA